CGGAAAAGCGCGGGAAGUGUUGAAUUAAGCGGGCGUCUUUUUUUGGCUAAACUUUUGAAAAUUAAAUUAAUUUAAUAUUACAGGAUCAGGUUGUAAAGUGUAUAUAUAUUAGUAGUAUUGAUUAUUUAUAGUUUUAGUUUGUUUUCUUCGCCUGAUGGUCCUAAUACAUUCAUAUCAAUGUUCAUUAAUGAGCAUACUAAAAACCUAGAUAAAACUAAAGGAGAACCUGAUUUUGACAACUAUGUUCUAUUGAAAGAUCUUUUACAUAAAAUAUUCGAGGGAAUAGAUGAGCUAGCGACAGAAAUAAGAAAGGAUGAUACUCUAUUGAUAAGUGUUAAACAACAGAAAGUUCUAAGAACAUGCUUCCAGUUGGUAGCAUCGCUUGGUGUUUCAACAUGCCUUAUACCUGGACUAGGAAUUUCUAUUUCAAAAAGAUGCUCGUUUUCAAAUACAAUUCCUUCCUUUAAUUUAAGUCAAGAACAAAAAUAUUCAAUAUUAGUUGAUUGUACAGAUUUUAUUCACAGGUCAUACGAAAUACCUGUCUAUAAAAACAUAAUAAUGACCUUACAUUUGUCUGACUACUUAGCAGCUCUAAUACAAUUGUCGUUUGCUCAGUUGAAGAAACCAGGAACAUAUAAGGACUUUGUCAUGACUGAAGAAAUGUACAAAACAUUCACUAAUGAUAGACAAAAGUAUCUAAAAAUCUAUGAUAAUUUAGUAAGUACCUGUUUCCAGCCUACACUCAUGAAAGAGUUGCUUGUAUUACAGAGUAUAACAGAUCCGACACCUCCGGCCUUUCUUCAGAGGGUAAUUUCAAAUGAGAUGAGUAAAAGAUUGUUGGCCUCAGGUGGAUUGUUAAGUUUGAUAAGAUGCUUCAUUGAAAGCUAUAAUGCUGAUACUGGUUGUGAAUGGAAAAAAAUUGAUAUGAUCUGCAGGAUAGUAUCAGUUGUGCAUAAAGGUUACUCUAAAACUGAUUACUUAAAAAACAUGUGUUCACAGUUGAAACAAGUUUUAUCCUUAAACAAUAGACAGUACUCAUCAACUGGUAUAGCUUGUUUACUUACACUAUAUGACAAGUACAAAGAUGAUAUAUCUGUUUCUGACUUGGUCAAAGGAACAUUCAACACAUUAAACUAUGAAACUAUGAUUUCUAACUCUAAACUACCUGGCACUGUUAUUUUUUCUCCACAAGAAAUAGAACAAAAAAUCAAUAUUCUACAUUCAUGUACAUAUUUGAAGAUAGAUUGGCCUGCGGAAUUAAUAAAACCUAAUAUUUAUGUAUUAUUCUUAAUUGGAGCAAGGUGUACAAAGAAUGUAGAUAUGCAAACAAAAGUAAAAGAGCUACUAUUGAGAUGUAUGGAACAAUUAAAUAAAGAGGAAGUUUCAAGUAUAAUGUAUAAAAUUUUAAUUGAACAAGAUCAUCUACAGUCAUCAGAUAUAUUGGUUGAAGAAUAUGAUGCUGGAGUCACUAUAAAAGCAAUCUCAGAGAGACCUGUGUUAAAGAAAGACCAGUUACUUAUUUAUUUCUUGAAACUAUUUGAAGCUUCAGGUGAUAGUUUGUUUGUUGCCAAUGUCUUUGAGGUCUCCUUAUUGAUAGCUACAGAGUUAAAUAUACAGAGGAAAAAAAAGCCAAAUAAAGAUAUGCUGUUGGUAGAAGAUGAUGAUCCACUAUUGAUUGAUAAAAUUGAUGAGCAAUAUGCCUUAAUAUUGCAGUUACUCUCUGAGAUAUCCAACACACCCAAAAUAACUAGCACAUUAAAAAAGAACCCUCUCAUUGUAGUUCAAUUUAUAGAAUAUUUCAUUGUCCAAAAUUACAAUUCAGAAGAAGAAUGCUCCACAGUCGCUUUAGUUCUUUUGAAUGUAAUUUUGUCAAAUGCUAUAAAGGGGGACAGUUUGCAAAGUACAUUGGAUCGACUGAAACCUGUGUUGGACAAAAUAUCAAAAGAUUACUCUAAUUAUAACCAUUUGCUUGCCAAAGAAGCCCUGUCCUACAUCAACACUGGGAAUUGUGAGAAAAUAAAUUCCAGAUAUGAAAAAGCUGUGGCAGAUGUAUUUGACAGCUUAGUACCGGUCAGAGCUCAUGGACUCAUUGAACUGACAAAGCUAAUAGAUUCUGCUGAUCCUGAGACUAUUUCUAAAAAGCAUUACAUAUUCUGCAUAUUUCAGGAACUACUUAAAGACAAUGACUCUUACAUUUAUCUAUCAGCUAUAAAUGGCUUAGCUUCACUGUGUAUCCAUUGUACUGAAGACGUCCUGCAUGUACUGUGUAAAGAAUUCCUAAAACAAGUUUUAGAACAGAAUCAAAUAGUCACUCAAGAAGUCGAAAACAAAAUAGCAGAAUUGAGAAUGAAAAUUGGUGAUGUUAUUGUUCAAGUAACAAAAAGGCUAGGUGAUAUGGCAAUCGUGCAUAAAACGGUACUCCUCAAUACAAUGCUGUGUGGAUGUCGAGAUGAUGAUCCACUAAUCAGAACAUCUGCUAUCUCCAAUUUAGCUGAAAUAGCUAGAGUCCUGCACUAUAAGAUGGGUACUAUUAUUUAUGAGGUUUUACUCUGUAUUUGGAAUAUCAUAGGAACCGACAACGCAGUAGAAUGCAGACGGGCCGCCGUCAUGGUGAUCGCCAAUUUAAUAAAGGGCCUCGGAAAAGAAACGCUACUUGAACUCAAAGAUAAUUUACUACCGAUUUAUAGGUCAUUGAAAAAUGUAUACAGAGACGAAAAUGAGGAUCCGGUUUUGAGGCUCCACGCUCAGCUGGCCUUGGAAGAACUGAACGAUGUCGUUAAAGAUUUUCUAUUUCCAGAAAUAAAAAUGGAAAAACAAAUAUUUGUUAUCGAUCGACCGGACGUUGUGUAUAAAUAAAAAACAAUUUUGUACAUGU